AGUAAUACUCUGAAUUUCCACCUGCCCACCCCCGCCGCUUAUAAUGCCCAGCACGUGAAGUGAGAGCUGCUCCGGCCCCAUCUCUCUGCCAGUGGAUUAGUAACAGCACAGUGUCAUGCUGGGUCUGCUGCUUCCCUGGGUUCACCAGAGGUAAAAGAACGCUGGCUAGAGACCUUCCAAGGACACAGUCAGAGCCCCAAAGGAGUGAGACUCAGCCCUGGACAGGCAGCUCCAACUCCAAUGAAGUUGAUAAGCAGCUUCGAUGCUCCUAAAACACUAAAUGCCAAUGAUAUGGAGACUUUGGUCAAAUGUCAGUCAGAGGGUGACAUCAAGGAACAUCCCCUCUUGGCAUCAUGUGAGAGUAAAGACAGCAUCUGCCAGCUAAUUGCUGUAGAAGUUAAGAAGAGAAAGACAGGGCGGCCCUGGCCCUUUCUCACAAGAAAGCUCUCCCCUUCGUCAGAUUUCUCCGGGGCUUCGGAGCCGGAGCUUAAAGUGCCGCUGUUUGAUCAGCCUUUGACAGCGAUCUGCAGCGAGAACGGCGCACUCCCCAGACCCAUUCAAGACAUCCUCGCUAUCCUCUGCCUUAAAGGCCCCUCCACCGAAGGAAUAUUCAGGAAAGCAGCCAGCGAGAAGGCCCGCAAAGAGCUGAAGGAGGAGUUGAACUGCGGGAGCUCGGUAGACCUGGAGAGGCUCCCGGUGCACCUGCUGGCUGCGGUCCUGAAGGACUUCCUCAGGAGCAUCCCGCUUAAGCUGCUGUCCUGCGACCUCUUUGAGGAGUGGAUGGGCGCCCUGGAGAAACAGGAUGAAGAGGACAGAAUCGAGGCCCUGAAGCAGGUUGCAGGUCAGCUCCCCCAGCCCAACCUGCUGCUGCUCAAACACUUGGUCUCCGUGCUGCAUCUGAUCAGCAAGAACUCCGAGGUCAACAAGAUGGACUCCAGCAACCUGGCCAUCUGCAUCGGGCCCAACAUGCUCACCCUAGAGAACGACCAGAGCUUGUCAUUUGAGGCCCAGAAGGACUUGAACCAUAAGGUGAAGACAUUGGUGGAAUUUCUCAUUGACAACUGCUUUGAAAUAUUUGGAGAGAAUAUUCCAGCUCAUUCCAGCACCCGUAUUGCCUCUGAUGACUCUCUGGAGCACACUGACAGUUCAGAUGUGUCAACCCUGCAGCAUGACUCAGCCUAUGACAGCAAUGAUCCAGAUGCUGAAUCCACCAGUGCCCACAACUCCCCCAGCAUGCAGCCCCAGGUCCCCACUGCCGUGGCUGCUGGUCUGGACAACAAGAGGGGACAAGACACCUGUGCGUUAGGCCAGGAACCCCUUGUCAGCACAGUAGCCAGGCUGAAAAGCUCCCUCAGCCAGCGGGCAGACAGGAGAUUCUCAGAACCUAUCAGGCCACCUUCACAGGAGUACCUCGAGGGCUGGAUGACGAACCAAAAACUGACGAAAAGUGAGGACAAUUUCACUCUGGCCCGGGCAGGCUCUUGUUUUGAAAGUGAGGAAGUUGAAGAUCCAUUUCCAGAGGAAGUGUUCUCUUCAGUAGAAGGCAAAACCAAGAGACCAGUAGACCUCAGGAUCAAGAACCUGAUCCAGGGUUUGACCUUGCCUCACGGAGAGGCACCCAAAGCCCUUUCCAGUGGCUCCCUUGAUGGGUACUCUGACUGCUCACCUACAGGUUCUCCUUCCUGUCCCAAAAGAAGUAUUUUCACCAGACAUCAAUCUUUCACCACAAAGAAUGAGAAAAGCAAGCCCAACAGAGAAAUUAAAAAGCAUUCCAUGUCAUUCUCUUUUGCUUCUCAUAAAAAAGUACUUCCCAAAGCGCCCAGCUUUGUGUCUAGGAAAUCAAAGGACCUUCCCAGAGACCAGGUCAAGAAGAGUCUGAGGAAGGAAAGCCAGUUAGCUGGUCGAAUUGUGCAGGAAAAUGGGUCUGACCUUCACAGCCAAACAGCUGUCAGCUUUGGCUUGCCAUCCAGGGCCCUCUCAGGUGACAAUGUGUUCCAGGGAGUUGAUAACACAAGUCCCGGAAGCCCACCAUCUUAUGAGGAGGCCGUUCAGUGCCAGGCUUUGGGACUUGGGGCCUAUAGUGGUCAGACUGUUGGAAGUAUGAGGGCAAGAAUGCUCAGCCAGGACUCCACACAGUCAUCUCUUCUGCCUUCUUACCACGGAGAGGACUCUAGGAGCAGUUGGCAUGUGGAGGAGACGCAUAGUGGACACAGAAGGUCAGCCGUAGCUGAGUACUGGAGACAGAGCAGGACUGCCAGUGCCUCUGUGGAAACUCAAGGGCAUGUGACUGCACCAGGGAAACCUGAACUUCGGCUCAGGACCAUGUCCGAAGAUUCUGUUCAGCAGGAUAAGUGGGACUGUCUCCGGCGACGAUGUAGCCAGCCAAUCUUUGAGGCUGAACAGCUCCAAUAUAUUAAAGAAUCCUACAUUUAGGAAGGGAUGCCACACACUGUAA